GCAUGAGCUCACAGCCGUCUGUUUUUCUUCUGCUCCGUUCUCAGGCUGCAGGAUGCCAGAGGAGCAGCGCUGAGCACAAGCUGCUGCCGGCCUGAAACUCCUGAAACUCCUGAAACUCCCGCACCCGGUUUCACGAUCCACGGAGGCUGCAGGCCGACAUGGCUCUGUUCUUCUCCGGAGCCGUUACAAGUUCUCCAGUCAAACGGCGGCUGAGGAGCAACCACAACUGCCAGAGCCUGGACCUAUCGCUCCUCUCCCCCGACUCCUCGUACGUCUGCUACUCGUCGGCGGACGGCGGCGGCGCCUGCAGCUGCCGGCGCUCGCCGCGCCUCCUCACCAACGGCUACUACGCCGUCACCGAGGACAGCUUCUCCUGGGACGGAGACGGCAACGUGUCGCUGACGCCCUGCAAGACCAGCGUGUCCUACAAGGAGAACCUGGUCCGGGUUUUCCGGCGCCGGCGCCGGCCUCGGGGCUCUCUGGCUCGCCUGCUGAGCGACGUGACGGAGAGCUGCCAGUCGUGGCUGGACGAGAAGGUGUUCAGAGGCGUGUUUGGGACGGGACCCGUCCAGGACCGGGGCCUGGACCUGGACCGGAGCCUGGACCUGGACCAGGAUGGAGAUCUGGACUGGAUCAGAAGGAGCCGGGAGGGCGGCUCCCUGCUGGACGAGUCGCUGUGGCCGGAUCUGAACAGCACGGAGCUGGACGCCAGCCGCAGCUUCACCUACGACCCCACAGAAGUCCCGCCUCCUCCUGACAAAGAAGCCCCGCCCCCGAUGCUCAUCCAGGAGGAGAUUUGCUCGGAGAUCUGUCAAUCAAAGGAGCGGUUCACUCAGACGCUGAGCGGCCUCUCCGAGGUCCCGCCCCCCUCGCCGUUCUACGCCGGCUUCUGCCGCCAGGCGCCGCCGGAGCCCCCAGGGUUAACGACGAAGGCCCUGCUCCUCCUCAUCUUCACCGUCUUCAUCUGCGGCGCUCUGUACUCGGGGUGUGUGUGGGGGGGCGUUGCCGUGGCGACGGCGGUGCUGGCGGCGACAGCGUUCAUGGGGCUGACGAGGUCGGGGCCGCUGGGCGGCUGGAGGAGAGCCAAGACCGAGGACAUCACGCCGGGGAACGAGUGAUGACAGGAGGAGAAGAAGAAAAAGAAGAAGAGGUGCGGCGGGACUCACCAGAGUCCCAACUCUCCAUGUUUAUGUCACUUCCUGUUUGCGUGAGUGGCGGUUACCGUAGUUUAGCAGCAGGGACGUGAAAAUGUUUCGUAUCAAGUGUAAAACGUCUCCGAGUGUCUGUCGUCUCGCUCGAGCUUGAACUUGGCGGCUUUGAGGAGUCCGAGGAGACCGGACGGCCAUAAGAGGUGGCGCUCACUUCCUCCUCUAAACAAUAAGAGCGGGUCGUACGGGGAGGGAUUCGUGAAAGUGGGGCGGGUUGUUUCAAAAUAAGAGCCCGAAACACAUCAAAGAUCAGGUUUACUUCAGAGCUGCACCAGCUCGAGUUUUAUUUUGAAAUCCUAAUUUCACACGUUUCACGUGAUUGACAGUUCAGUGGGUGGAGCCACAUACUUAGGUUGCAUCCAUAGUGAUCUAAUGCAAUUACAUUUAUUUUAUUUUAAUUUUUCAUGACAUUAAUUAAUUUAACUGAAGCACUUCGGUACUGGGCUGUGCCUGGCUGUGCCGGGCCGUCCUUUAUACUUUUCAUCUGAUGUUGGUCAGGAAUCUACAGAAGAGUAUUAGGGCCAGGCAGGAGAGAAAAAAAAAAAAAAAAUUUAGUGGAGGAAGAUUUUUUUUCAUUAUGCACUUCGAGAAAAAACUCAAAAUGUCGGGAAAAAAUGUUGAAAUGUCAGGAAAAAAGUCGAAAUGUCGAGAUUAAUGUUGAAGUACAAUUUUUAGAAAAAAGUCUGAAUGUUGAGGAAAAAAGUUGAAAUUUCGACUUUAUUCACAAAAUUUCUAUUUUAUUCACGAAAUUUCGAC